AUGUCGGGGAAAAGAAAACGGGAUGACUCUUUUGCCAAUGUCCAUAUUCCUCCGCCUUUAGCGCAGGCCAUUAAUCCUCACAGCUACCCGCCUGCAAAGCUUGCACAGUUUGCCGUCGCAGGCCUAUCAGACGCCGAUGAAGACCCAACACAGGACAUCAAAUAUUUUCCGCACCGUGGUUUCAGUCAUAAAACAUCUGAUCUGAUCUCGGAACCCGACUAUGAGACGGGACUCGAGGAUGGCACGGAUGAGGAUGGCGGUGGAAAGUCGAAACCAAAGAGAGCGCCAGACGCGCACCGACGGCAUCUAGCCGUCCUGACCAGAUCAAUACAUCAAUUUCUCAGUCAAGGCAACGUGGCCAAGGCAGCGCGCGCUUUCGGACUGGCGCUGCAGCUGCGGCCGUACUCGCGCCCAUUGGACAUUCGCCACGACCACCUCUGGGCGCUCGGCGCAGAGGUCAUUAUGCGCGAAGGCGAGGAGCAGCGCCAUGAAUCCAGGAACAGCGAGGACGAUUCGUCGCAUGGCGAACAUGACCGUGGGGCAGGCGUCAUGCGCUGGGGCUCAGCGGCCAACAUGAAUAAGCUGAGAAAUUACCUCGAGAUGCUGAUCCAGCAGUACCCAUACGACCACCGGGCGCCCAAGAAGAUCUCGGCGCUACAUUUUACCAUUAGUCUGUACAGCGCCGAGAUUUACAACAUUUACUCGGAGCACACGGCCGGUCUUUCCGGCGCAGAGGGGCGCGCCGCAGCAGACGACUCCCUCGCCGACGAGAGCCUGGCCGACGACGGGCCCGAUCCGUGGUUAGAAACGCUGCUCGAGGACGAGAGCUUCCACGCGUCCAGGCCACGGUGGAGAGGAGAAGAAGCAGCAGCAGCGUCAGACCCCAAGGACAAGGUCAGGCUGCAAACGCUAGCCGCCAUCAAGGCCGUGGCGGCACGCAUGGACGCAAUCAUGCGAGAGCUGCCGUACAACAAGAGCCACGAGAUGCUCCGGCUGCGCGCCGCGGCUUCGCUAUUCAUGGCCGACUUGGCGGUCCCGUUUGACAAGACGGCUGCGAUGGAGAAGCUGCACGAUGUGAAUGAGCAGCGACGACGGGACAUUGAAGUGGCGAGGCGAACGCUGCAAAUCAUAUUACAGGGCGGUGGGAACUUGGACGAGGCUUCUAGGGCGCUGGCCGAGUCAGACGACGUUGUUGACGAGGCAUUUUCGAUUGUGUCUGAGAUCUAUACCGCCUUGCCUAUCCGCAAGGCUUGA